CUUCGGUCAGCUUAUCCCCUGGUGACAGCUCCCCAUCGUCAAUUCCCCGUGACCGUGACCGUGACCGUGACCGGACACAAUGGCUCCCAAGUCCGCCAAAUCCCCCAAGAAAAGCACCCGGACGAAGGUGCUUGUCCAGCCCGUGCCAGAGAAACGGGGCUAUGAGUUCGGAGGCCCUCUCGGCGCGUUUGGGAUCGUGUUCGGCCUGCCCACGCUCGUCUACAGCUUCACCUUCCUGUGUAACGAUGUCUCCGGCUGUCCUGCCCCCUCGUUGCUGCACCCGUCCACGUUGUCGCUCGAACAGUUGAAGGCGGAGGUUGGCUGGCCCCAGGGGGGUGUGGCAGAUUUCCACAACACGCGCGUGACGCUGUGGGUGCUGGCGUAUUACCUGCUCAGCCUGGUGAUGCAGGUGUUUCUGCCCGGACAGGAGGCCGAGGGUACAGACCUGGCGUGUGGAGGAAGACUGCGCUACAAGUUUAACGCAUUCAACUCCGCCGUCUUGAUCCUCUCGGGCUGUGCGGUGGGCACCUACGUCUACGGUGCGGACUUUGCGGUCUGGACCUUCCUCUGGGACAACUACCUGCAGGUCAUCACCGCGAACCUGCUGAUCUGCACGGUCAUCGCCAUUUUCGUCUACGCGAAGAGCUUCACCGUCCCGGCCCCCGGCCAGCCCAACCCGGAGCUCCGACAGCUGGCCCCGGGCGGCCACACCGGCAACGUGCUGUACGAUUUCUUCAUCGGCCGCGAGCUGAACCCCCGGAUCCGCCUGCCCAUUCCGUUUGUCAGCGAGGCGUCCCGCACGAUAGACAUCAAGUCCUGGUGCGAGAUGCGGCCCGGGCUGCUGGGGUGGAUCAUCCUGAAUCUGUCGAACAUCGCGCACCAGUACCGGACCCACGGCUACGUCACGGACUCGAUCGUCAUCUCGACCGCGUUCCAGGCGUUCUACGUCCUGGAUGGCCUGUACAUGGAGCCGGCGCUGCUGACAACGAUGGACAUCAUCAUGGACGGCUUCGGGUUCAUGCUCUCCUUCGGCGAUAUGGUGUGGGUGCCGUUCAUCUACAACUUCCAGACGCGGUACCUGGCGGUCUUCCCGAACGAGCUGGGGCUGAACGGCAUCGUGCUCGUCCUGGCCGUCACGGCCGUGGGAUACUCGAUCUUCCGCGGCGCCAACAACCAGAAGAACCGGUUCCGCACCAACCCGAACGACCCGCGUGUCAAGCACCUCAAGUACAUCCAGACGGCCAGCGGGUCGAAGCUGAUCACCUCCGGCUGGUGGGGAUGCGCCCGCCACAUCAACUACCUGGGUGACUGGGUGAUGUCGUGGUCGUACUGCCUGCCCACGGGGAUCGCCGGCUACGCCAUGAUCCAGAGCAUCAACCCGGCGACGGGGGAUCUGCAGAAGCAGGCCGUGCAGAUCCCGGAGGCGCGGGGUUGGGGGAUGAUCUUCACGUACUUCUUCAUGGUGUACUUCGGCACGCUGCUGAUCCACCGCGAGCAGCGUGACGAGGAGAAGUGCAAGCGGAAGUACGGCGCCGACUGGGACCGGUACACGUCGCUGGUGCGCAGUCGGAUCGUUCCUGGGAUUUACUAACCGGUCGACUUGCAUACGACCUCAAAAGAUCUAUCCACAAACAUACAUAGCAUAGCAUAGCAUUAGCUCGUGCGAUCACACAUAAUAUAAUUCACGUCUUCAACGCUUC